UCCCCGUGCUGCCCUUUGAAGCUUUGUGUGACGCCGUGUGGGAAUUGUGACACCUUGCUUCCAUCAAAGCGCAGGUGAGAGGCAGCACUCGUGCGCAUAAAAGACGUGGCCGCGUCACGCCGACAGCGCACUGACAGCAAGGUCACCAUUUGGGACCUUGGACCACCAGACAGUCUAGUUUCUUUGCUUCUAGACCCAACUUUUUGACGUAAAAUAUUAUAUUCUUGUUGUUUAUUAUUAUAAAAAUGGUGCGUUUCUUCAUCAUCAUCAUCCUCCUCCUCUUUUUGUCAACUCUGGCAGCGGCGGGGUUCCCUUACAACACUUUGGAGCGCGUCCACAAGGUCUCCAAAGAGUUUGAGUCUUCUGGCAGUGGACCAGGUGAGUCGGUGCAGGGGCGAGUGCGGGUGGUGCAAUUGGACCCACGUGCCGCCGCGCUGCAGUCCGGCCUCUUCAGGAGGGGCCUGGCCUCCAGGAGAGCCCCCUCCCUCGGCUCCAGACUGCCCUUCCCGGCGUUCCUCUCUCAGGGGCGACCCGGUGCGGGCUCCAAGGCCCCCGGGAGCCCGCUGCACCGCCUGCAAGCCGGGAAACCCGCCGAGGCCGACCUGAAGAAGAGACCAGGCCUGCACAUGUGGCAGAGAGCCAUCCAGAAGGGGAACAAGAUGGCCGUGUCUCUGCCAGCCACCUUGAAGGACGCCAAACAGACGUGCACGGCCAUUCCUUUCAUUCAGCGUGUGACAGCCGAGGGUUGCCCCACCGUGACCGUGCACAACAAGCUGUGUUUCGGCCAGUGCAGCUCCCUCUUCGUCCCCUCGGAGACGACGGACCCGGCCGGAAGGGGCUCCCACCAGCGGACGCCCUGCUCCCGAUGUGCCCCCUCCAAGGCUCACACUGUGACCAUCCCCCUGCAGUGUGGCGGGGAGGUCCGAGAGAGGCGGGUGAUGCUGGUGGACGACUGCAAGUGUGAGACGGGCCGUGAGGAGACUGCUGCUUUGCCACACAUGUAACCGCUUUAUGGCGUUGUUGUUAUUGUUGUCGUAUCAGAAUUGAGACGGUAGUAUUUACCCUCAUUCUCAUCGUGAUAUCAUGUCCAUUAUAUGGAUACACCUAUUUGUGUCUUGCAUUACUGGGGUUUGAUUUGAUAAGUUGCUAAUCAAUGGCUCCAAAUGGGACUACUUAUUGAAAUAACAAACAUUGAGAGC